AUGGCUAUCACCCCUCACUUUCUUGUUAUACCAUAUCCAGUUCUAGGCCACGUGAAUCCCCUUAUCCACUUGUCUCAGAUUCUGGCCAAACAUGGCUGCAACAUCACUUUUCUGAACACAGAGUUCAGCCACAAACGGUUGAACAACACUGGUGCUGGCCUUGACAAUCUCAAGGGAUCAGGGAUAAAGUUUGUGACACUCCCAGAUGGGUUAGGCCCUGAAGAUGAUAGAAGUGACCAGAAGAAAGUUGUUCGUUCAAUCAAAACCAACAUGCCCUCUAUGCUUCCCAAGCUUAUACAAGAUGUGAAUGCUUUAGACGUAAACAACAAGAUCACUUGUAUGGUAGUCACAUUGAGUAUGACUUGGGCCUUGAAAGUUGGUCACAAUUUGGGAAUCAAAGGGGCUCUUCUAUGGCCUGCAUCAGCAACUUCUCUGACCUUGUGUGAUUGCAUCCCAAGACUGAUUCAUGAUGGGGUUAUAGAUCCAUAUGGAAUCCCUGGCAGAAGACAGAAAAUUCAACUCUCCCCAAAUAUGCCUUUGAUGGACACAGAAAACUUUCCAUGGCGUGGCCAUGACAAGUUACACUUUGAUCAUCUUGUGCAAGAGAUGCAGACCAUGAAGUUAGGAGAAUGGUGGCUUUGCAACACAACUUAUAAUCUUGAGCCUGCAGCGUUUUCCAUAUCACCAAGGCUCCUGCCAAUUGGUCCAUUGAUGGCAAGUGAUAGCAUCAAAAGUUCAUUCUGGGAAGAAGACACAUCUUGUUUGGAGUGGUUAGAUCAGCAGCUACCACAAUCUGUUGUGUAUGUUUCCUUUGGUAGUAUGGCCGUAAUGGACCCCAACCAAUUUAAUGAGUUAGCUCUUGGAAUUGAUCUCUUUGACAAGCCUUUUGUUUGGGUUGUACGUGCAAGUAAUGACAACAAGGUAAAUAUUACUACAUACCCUCGUGAUUUUCAUGGAAAGAAAGGUAGAAUUGUGGGUUGGGCACCACAGAAGAAGAUAUUGAGCCACCCUGCAGUGGCUUGCUUCAUUAGUCACUGUGGUUGGAAUUCUACUGUGGAAGGUGUAUGCUGUGGCACACCCUUCUUGUGCUGGCCAUUUGCAAAAGAUCAACUUGUUAACAAGUCAUACAUAUGUGAUGUUUGGAAGGUUGGAGUAGGAUUAGACAAGGAUGAAAAUGGAGUGAUAUCAAAGGAAGAGAUAAGGAAGAAGGUGGAACAAUUACUUGGGGAUGAAGAUGUAAAAGCAAGAUCACUGAGAAUGAAAGAAUUGACCAUGAAUAACAUAGCCAAAGGUGGCCAGUCUUCAAAAAAUCUAGAAAAGUUUAUCAACUGGGCACAGUAA